CCUCUGCCUUGCAGUCACUUCGCUUGCCUCUUGCAGCUUUCUUUGAUAGCAUUCCCUCUUUGAUAGCACUCCCUCGUUGACGAGAUGGCCUUCGUCGCUCCGAUGCUCCUGUGGACGACCCACAACGUCGGCAACUUCAUUCAGAACGUCCGUGGCGAGAAGACGACGGACAAGCAGAAGAAGGUGCACGAGAAGCUCGAGAAGGAGGCAUCGGGCUUGUCGGGCAAGCUGGACGGCCACACCAAACGCGCCUACUCGGUCGCUGCGCGGCUGAUGACAGGCGACGGCCACCUGGAGAGGUGAGCAGGGCCACACAGUCAUGGGAUGCACUGGGGCAGGAGAAAGGAGGGGCUUACUCAUGUGCGAUGCCGUGUCUCUGUCUGGUGUUUGAUGUGACUGCAGGAUGUCUGAGGCCCGGCUGCAGCGUGCGUUGAAGUACAACAGCAUCUACCACUCGAUGGGCCACGCCGUGGUGGCCAAGCGCGAGAAGAAGCUCAAGGACCCCAACUUCAAACCCGCCACCGGCGGCCUCUUCGGCGAGGUCCAGCGGGGCGCGUAGACACUCAUACCGGAGCCACCACACACCGGUGAGAUAGACAACACCACACGCACACACAGGGGGUGGGCGGGUGGGGUGGAUACAAAGCUCACCUGUUGUCAUGUGUGUGGUGUGGUGUGGUGUGUGUCAGGUGGUGUCAUUUCCUUUUCGUCGUGCCGUCCCUUUUUUCGCCGACCGACCAGCAUAGCAUCUGUGCACAAAACUCUGUGUGUGGCCGACUGACUGACCGACUCAUGUAUGCGUGUCUGGCUGUCUGCGUACAUUCAUGACGGACGGGGGUCAAUUUUGGGGGCCGCGUUUUGCCGAUCCAGCAACAGAACACCUAGACCAAGUGUGUGGGUGGUGCUGUGCACGCCCCCUACACAGGCAGUGUGCUACAUGCGUGUGUGAUUCGCGUCGGUGUGUGUGGGGAAGGGGAAAGGGGAGAGCAGUGCAUGUGUGUGUGGUGUAGGUAAAGGUGAGGGGAUGCAUGUGGUGCCAGGGGCGGUUUGGGCUGCAAAACAGACGUUUGGAUAGCCAGCCGCCCAGUGUGCUCACAUGACAUGCCCCGGGGAUCACACCGCGACAGACGGCUGGUUGAGUGCAGCGAGGAAGGAAGGACUCUGUAGAAGUGUCACGAGUGUGCUCACUAUCCAUGGAGUGCCUCCCCUCUGUGUGGCUGACUGACUCGUCUGUAUCUCUAUGUCAAGUGUCCUUGAAUCGUGAUGCUCAUGGUUUGUCUGGCUGUCUGCCUGCCUGCCUGCCUGACCGAGGGUCUGUGGAUGUGUGGUGUGCCAAGCACGCCACCUAUUUCCUACUGGAACCUGCGGACACCUUCUGUGCGCGCGCGAGUGGUGUGUGUGGCUGUGCAUCAUGGCCAUCGUUGCAUGAGGUGUAUGUGGACGAGAGUGAGCUCGCUGGUAGCUGCUGCGUUGCGAUGUGUGGCUGGUGUGUGGAUAUCUGUACGUAGACAUACAUGCAUAUACAUACAUAAAUACGUAUGUGUGUCCUGUACACACGUGUGGUGCGGCGUUGAUGGGGAGGGCAGGGGAGACUGAUAGUCCUGACGUGCUCACCUUCGUAUUAAUUAAAGCACCUUCCUACGUAAGUAAUUCGCUGCCCCAUUGAGGGAGGCUAUGAUUGAUGCACACAAGCCACACCAACGCAACACUCGCGGAUGUGACAGCGCCAGUGAAUUCACCUGAUGCCACAUGUCUCAUGUCUCCCACUCGCUGUGCCUCCCCAAUCAGGCGGCCAAACGUUUGUUCAUUGCCACCAGCUGAUUCCUCAAGCAAC